UAUCAGUUAUCACUUUAUAUCGGCUUAUUAAUUAUUAUUAUUAUUUGUUAUCAUUUAUCACUUAUCAUUGUCUGACAAUAUACUACAGUCAUAACCUUAUCGUUCAUAUUAUUAUUGUCUUGUUUGCAGUUUGAAGCUGGACUAUUCCUAAAAUAGUUUCUUUGUUUUGCCGACGAAAAUACUGAACAAAAUAUUCAUUUAAAGUUUUUAUUCAACAAAUAUAACAUUUUUAAUUAAACUAAAGACAUUUUUAAUUAGCCAUGGUUAACUGGAGUAUGAUUGGUGCCAUGGUGCUGCCAAACUCUGGUGGCUGGCUCGGAGCUUUGACCAUGUCCGGCCAAGUCAGAUCUAAGACUGGCGUAUCCUGGUAUGAUACCAUAAAAAAACCAAGUUGGAAUCCCCCAAAAUGGGUAUUUGGUCCGGCCUGGACAGUUCUAUAUACAGGAAUGGGAUAUGCCUCUUAUAAGAUUUAUGAAGAUUGUGGCGGUUUCACUGAGAGAGCUGUGUUGCCACUAUCUUUAUAUGGCAGUCAAUUACUUUUAAACUGGACUUGGAGUCCGGUGUUCUUCAAGUAUCAUAAAAUGGGUUGGGCUUUCGUACAUAUAGUAGCGUUAGACGUAAUGGCCGCUGCCUGUUCCUACAGCUUCUAUAACAUCAAUCAAACAACUAUAUAUUUAAUGUCGCCAUAUCUAGUUUGGCUCAGUUUCGCGUCUUUCCUCAACUACACUAUAUGGAAGAUGAACAACGAUGACAAAGGCAAUAUUAAACCUCUAUAAAUUAAAAAAAACAAUGACUAUAUGAUAAUAUAAUAUUUUUGUUAAACAUUUUACUAUGAAUAAAGACCUUAUUUGUGUCAAUUAUAUUUUGUGUGUAAUUAAAAUAUUUUCUAUGACAUGUUAAUUAUUUAAUAAACGUAUUAUUUCAUU